AUGGCAAGGCCAACGAGAUUGAUGGUGACCUUCCACCCUGCCAAAGUUUGCAUGGGCAUCAUUGUGAUUUCCGUGGGCGUUUGGAGUUUGGCGAACGCAAAGUCUGAACAGUGUAUUCUGGCCUGGGAUAAAAUAAAUGGUGUUAGGGGUUUGUUUGCUUCCAGUCCAUUCAGUGUGGAAAUAACCCUGCAAGAUAUCAAUGACAAUCCACCUGUGUUUCCUACUGAUGCUCUGGAUCUAAUUGUUGAAGAAAAUAUCGGGGACGGAUUUCGAAUAUUGCAACUGUCUGCUACAGACGCAGAUGAGGGCCCGAAUGCCCUUGUGACGUACACGAUCAUCAGCGGAGCGGACAACAGUUUCCAGAUCGAUCCAGAAUCCGGAGAUCUUGUGGCCACCAAGCGAUUAGACAGAGAGCGGCGGUCGAAAUACUCGUUACUCAUUCGAGCUGAUGAUGGACUGCAGUCCUCUGACAUGAGGAUUAACAUCACUGUCAGCGACGUCAAUGAUCACACGCCUAAAUUCACCAAGGAUGUCUACUCGUUUGACAUACAAGAGGACACUGCACCAGGCUCCAUCGUGGCAGCGAUCCUGGCCAGUGAUGCCGACUCCGGUGCCAAUGGAGAAGUCACGUACGUGGUGCAAGAGGACGACGAAGACAGCAUGUUCUUCCUCAACUCCAUAACCGGUGUCUUCAACGUGACCCGCCCACUGGAUUACGAGAGCCAGCGGUAUUACAUUCUCACCGUGCGAGCAGAAGAUGGCGGCGGACAGUUCAGCACAGUACGGGUUUACUUCAAUGUGCUGGAUGUCAAUGACAAUCCUCCCAUUUUUAAUCCUUCGUCAUACAGCACUGCGGUGUUGGAGAACCUACCUCCUGGAGCAAGCAUUCUGACCGUCAACGCUACAGAUGCAGAUGAUGGACCCAAUUCUCAGUUGGCGUACACCAUUGCUUCGGGCGACUCUUUGGAUCAUUUCAGUAUCAGCAGCGACGGCAUUCUGAGUGUUGAGCAACAAAUGGAUCGGGAAAGUCAGUCAUUCUAUAACCUGAUUAUUAGGGCUCAUGACUUAGCUGAGACCCCGGGCAUCCGGCUCACGAGCACAGCGCAGGUAUCUGUUAUUCUGCUCGACGUCAACGAUAGCCCGCCAAGGUUUAUUUCCUCCAAGAUGACCUACGUACAGGAAAACUCUCCGCUGAACACAAUUGUCUACAAAGCCCAAGCCACUGAUCCCGACAGCGGACCCAACAGCUAUGUAGAGUACACCCUGCGGAUGUCUUCAGGGACCAAGUUCAGUAUCGGAACCAUCGAUGGAGAGCUACGACUGACAGGCCAACUGGACAGGGAAGACAUUUCCAAUUACACUUUGACCGUGAUCGCCACAGACAAGGGUCAGCCAUCUCUCUCCUCCUCUAUGGACAUUACAGUUAUUGUACUGGAUGUGAAUGAUAAUGUGCCGGUCUUCCAGCAGCCUGGCUACAAGGUAGAGAUCAGUGAAAACACACUGAGCGGCAUCGAUCUCGUUCAAGUUUGUGCCACCGACGCGGAUGAAGGCAAUAAUGGGCAGGUCCGCUACACUCUUAUGAGUGGCAAUCUGAACAAUGAUUUCCGAAUCGAUUCCGUUACUGGUAUGAUAUCAGUCGCGAAGCAACUCGACCGGGAGACAAAGCCUUCGUACUCAUUGACUGUGCGAGCCAGUGACCGUGGAAGCAGCCCACAGAUGGCCACAGUUCUGGUCAAUAUAAAUCUCACAGACAUGAACGAUUUUGUACCAUCCUUUGAACUGUCUCCCUACACGGUGCAUGUGGAGGAGAACGUGCAGCAUCUGCCAAAGUCCACCCUGCAGGUUGUGGCUCGUGACGAUGAUCAAGGACUGAACAGUCAGUUGACUUACACCAUUGUAGAUGGAAAUGAAGACGGGGCUUUUACUUUGACGCCUGAUGGACAACUCAGCCUGGUCCAGCGCCUGGAUCGUGAGACAACAGCACAGUAUAUCAUGACCGUCAUUGCCAUGGAUUCAGGGUCCCCAGCCCUCACCGGCACGGGUACCAUCAGCUUGAUCGUGGAUGACAUCAACGAUAACAUUCCGACGUUCGCUUCCAAUACCUUUUACGCCUCCAUCCCCGAGGAUGCUCCCACGGGAACUGACGUCCUCCUCGUCAACUCCACAGACGCCGAUGAAGGUUCCAACGCUGUUGUCAGCUACAGCCUGGUGGGAGGUAACUCUCAAUUCUCCAUCAACCCAGCUACAGGACAAAUUAUCACAAGUGCACUGCUGGACAGAGAGAACAAGGAAUCCUACACACUGGUUGUGGUCGCUACCGAUGGAGGUGUACCUCAAGCCACAUCCAGCUCAGCCACUGUAUUUUUGACAGUUACAGACAUCAAUGACAACCCCCCCAGGUUUCGGCACUACCCUUACGUCACCCAUAUCCCGGCGCCCACAAAUGCAGGUUCAUUUGUGUUUGCUGUAACCGUGUCGGAUGCUGACACCGGCCCCAACGCAGAACUGCAUUAUUCCUUGACGGGUCACAAUGUGGAAAAGUUCCAGAUUGAUCGAAUCCGUGGUGCUAUCAUGACUGCGCAACCGUUAGCCAGAGGCACCGAUAUAACGGUCACUGUCAAUGUGAAGGACGGCGGAAUGUACCCAAAGUCCGACUCCACCACUGUGACAGUGAGAUUCGGAAAUAAGGCCGACUUUCCCCAAAUCAAGGCUGGGCAACAGACGUUCCUGUUCUCGGAAGCCCAGAAGGUCGAUGCCCACAUCACAACAGUCUCGGCCUCUUCCGCGAGGAGUCGUGUGAGCGGGCCACUCUCCUACUACAUAGCUAGCGGCAACUUCGGUGACGUCUUCCACAUUGACCAACUGACCGGGAAGCUCAUGCUGACUAAGCCGCUAGAUUUUGAAGCUGUGGAGAAAUACGUGCUGUGGAUCGAAGUCAGGGAUAUGGGCUUUCCUCCUUUUUCCUCUUACACGCGGCUGGAUAUAACCGUGUUAGAUGUCAACGACAACGCACCCAUCUUUACGCAGGAUCCGUUCACUGCAAAUAUAAUGGAGAAUACCUUCCCGGAUAGUGUGACGACUGUAACAGCAGUGGAUGAGGACGACGGGCCCAACGGUCAAGUGGAAUACUCCAUAGUGGAUGGCAACAAAGGUAACACCUUCAACAUAAACAGAGGCACGGGUGAGAUCAGAUGCACUGGCCAAUUGGACAGAGAAAGGAGCGCCCAAUACACAUUAACCGUGCGAGCAAUGGAUAAAGGAGCUGCUCCGAGGAGCUCUUUAUGUCGUGUCGUCAUUAACGUCGCAGAUGAAAAUGAUAACGCCCCGAGGUUUUCGCAGAUAUUCAGCUCUCAAGUGCCCGAAGACGCGGCUGUCGGUUACACGGUGACGCGCGUCACCACUUCAGAUGAGGACGUCGGGGUGAAUGCCGUCAGCCGGUACUCCAUAACCGAUAUCAGUCUUCCUUUCUCGAUCAAUCCCAGUUCCGGGGAUAUCACCGUCAGCCGGCCUCUGAACAGGGAAGACGUGGCACAAUACACAGUCAGAGUCUACGCCCAUGAUUCUGGGUGGACAGUGAACACAGACAUCACUGUCUUUGUCACAGACGUGAACGACAACGUCCCCCGUUUUGAUCGCCCUUCUUACUACCUCGAGUACCCAGAGCUCACAGAGAUUGGCUCCCGGGUUACGCAGGUGUUGGCCAAAGAUCCCGACGUUGGUCUUAACGGACAAGUGUUUUACUUUAUCAAGUCGCAGUCGGAAUUCUUCCGAAUAAAUUCCAGCACAGGGGAGAUUUUUACCAAACAAUACUUAAAAUAUCACAACUCGACAGGCUCCAGCAACCUCAACAUAAACAGGCACAGCUUCAUUGUGACUGCCUCAGACCGAGGUAGUCGACCCUUAAUGAGCGAAACCACAGUCAUUGUCAAUGUCGUGGACAGCAACGACAACCCUCCUCAGUUUGAAUCCGAGAAGUACUUUACUCCGGUUGCGAAGACGGUCGGAAUUGGUACGAGGUUAAUCAAAGUCACAGCGGCAGACAACAAAGAUUUCAACCUGAACUCAGAAAUUGAGUACCACGUGUCUGGAGGAAACGGCUCAGGCCUUUUUGCGCUGGACAGGAGCAGUGGUUGGGUUUCUGUCGCUUCCUCUUUGAUGACCGAUGUAUAUAAAGAGUACUUGAUGAAAAUCACAGCCAUGGACAAAGGAAACUUGCCGCUUUCCUCAACGUGCACUGUCCGUGUGCUGGUGACUGAGGAGAACUUGCACACUCCCCAAUUCUCUCAAAGCCACAUCAGUAUCACAGUCCCCGAGAGCCUUGCCACCGGAACAGUCCUCAGAACAGCUUCAGCCAGGGAUAAAGACACUGCCAUGAAUGGGCUAAUCAGGUACAAUAUUUCUGAAGGAAACGAGGCUGGCUUGUUCUCCGUUAACAAUUUAACUGGUGCUAUAGUUCUAGCCGGACAACUGGACUAUGAGUCGAAGCAAACCCACGAGCUGACCAUAAGCGCUGAAGAUGGCGGUUGGGUGAAGCGAACUGGCUACCUCAGCAUGAGCAUUCACGUCACUGACUCGAACGAUAACGUGCCACUGUUUAGCCCAGACGAGUACUUCCCGGUCAUAUUUGAGAACGCCCCCAGUGGCACGAUGGUGGUGCAGCUGAAUGCCACGGACGCAGAUUCGGGAAGCAACGCAGUGAUAGCCUACGCGAUUCAGACCACGGACAGCGAUCUUUUUGUUAUCGAUCCAAAUACUGGCAUUGUUACGACUCACGGCUUCCUGGACUUUGAGACAAAGCAGCGUUAUCAUUUAUAUGUGAAGGCAUUUAACGUGCCGGAUGAGGACCACUUCAACUUUGCUCACGUUUACGUGCAGCUCCGCGGUGUGAACGAAUACGUGCCACGCUUCGUGUCCAGGCACUACAUCUUCCAGGUCUCGGAGGCUGCCUCCGAAGGCACCGUUGUCGGAGACGUCUUUGCAAGCGACCGAGAUCUUGGGGUCGACGGAGACGUCAACUACCUACUUUUUGGCCAAAGCAGAAGGAAGGGGUUCAGUAUUGAUAAUAAGUCCGGCCAAAUUUACGUGUCGGGUCAGCUUGACCGUGAAAAGGAAGAAAAGAUCUCGUUGAAGGUUCUUGCUAAGAAUGCUGGCAGCAUCCGUGGAUUUGACUUGGAUGAAGUUCUUGUGAAUAUCACUGUACUGGAUGCUAAUGAUCCCCCCGUGUUCACCUCUGAGGAAUACUCCGUGCAGAUCAACGAGGGGGCCCAGGCCGGAAAACACGUCGGCUUUGUAAGCGCCUUCGAUUCCGACUCUGUUCCCAGCUGGAGCCGAUUCACUUACCACAUCGGGGCUGGCAACGAAAUGGGGGCAUUCUCCAUCAACCCUCAGACAGGGCAGGUCUCUGUCGCUGCAGAACUGGACCGCGAGUCCACACCCGUGUACAACCUCUCUGUUUUAGCAGUGGAUUCGGGAGUACCUUCAGCCACCGGCAGCACUCGCUUAUUAGUCAAUCUGGAGGACAUUAACGACAAUGGGCCCACUUUAGCCAUCACCAGUGGGGAGGUUAAAGAGAACCAAGGUUCAGGGGUCACAGUGAUGACUCUCAGUGCGACAGAUCCCGACCUUCCUCCUAACCAAGGUCCAUUCACCUAUCACUUGCUCAGCACUGGGCCUGCCACCACCUACUUCAGUCUCAGCUCUGGGGGAAUCCUCACUACAACGAGAGAAAUCGACCGAGAGCAGAUCAGCGAUUUCAACUUGUCAGUGGUCACUCGGGAUUCCGGGAUUCCUCAGAUGUCCUCGAUAGGAACGGUGCACAUCACGGUGCACGACCAGAACGACAAUCCUUCCGAGCCCAGGAUAAUGGAGAUCUUUGUCCACUACUUCGGGAACCUGUUCCCCGGUGGGAUGCUGGGCAGCGUGAAGCCCCAGGACCCAGACGUAUCGGAUACUUUCCGCUGCACCCUCACCGCUGGGGCCACCACACUCUUCAGCAUCCCGGCGGGCACGUGCGAUCUGAACUCCCAGCCGAGGUCGACAGAUGGCACGUUCGAACUCACAGUCCGCAGCAGCGACGGCCUGCACGGCGCGGUGAGCAACAAGGUCCACGUAAUCUUCACGGGAUUCACCAACGUAACCAUAGACAACAGCAUCCUCCUGCGCCUGAACGUGGCAUCGGUCAAAGACUUCCUCACCGACCACUACCUCCACUUUCUGCGCAUCGCCAACUCUCAGCUGGCGGGAAUGGGCACGGCCGUGCACAUCUACGGCCUCUACGAGCAGGAACAACGGACCUACGCGCUGACGGCCGUGAAGAGGAUGAGCAGCCAGUACGUGAGCCCCAGCGGGGUGGCCACUUUCUUCGAAAGCAUCAGGGAGGCCGUGCACAGGCAGAGCGGGGUGCGGAUCGAUUCCGUGGACCACGACCCGUGCGCGCGCAACCCCUGCAAGCACGGGGCGAGCUGCGUGAAGCGACUCGCCGUGGCCCCGGCCACCCAGACGGUCGAGAGCGCGCCGGUGGUGGUCGUGGCAAACGCCGUCCUCCAGCCGUUCGUGUGCCAGUGCCUGCCGGGAUAUUCGGGCCGCCUGUGCGAGACCGACAUAGACGAGUGCCUUCCGUCCCCGUGCCACAACGCCGGCUCCUGCCACAACCUUGUGGGCACCUUUUCGUGCGCCUGUCCCGAAGGGUUCAUGGGCGCUGCGUGCGAGAGGGACGUCAACGAGUGCCAGUCGAAUCCCUGCAAAAAUAGCAGAGGGUGCCAAAACUUCCCCGGAGGCUUCAGCUGUGCCUGCGCGGCCGGAUAUACAGGAAAAACAUGCGAGUCGACCAUUAACUACUGUGAGUGUAACCCCUGCUUCAAUGGAGGAACCUGCCAGAAUCAAGCGGACGGCUAUUACUGCCAUUGUCCAUUCGGCGUCUUCGGGAAGCACUGCGAGUUGAACAGUUACGGGUUUGAGGAGCUGUCGUACAUGGAAUUUCCGAGUCUGGAUGCCAACAACAAUUACAUCUACAUCAAGUUUGCCACCAUUAAAGACAACGCCUUGCUGGUGUACAAUUACGACAACCAGACAGGAGAGCGAGGAGAGUUCCUGGCCCUGGAGGUCGUGGAAGGGAAGAUGCUGUUCUCCUUCAACCUGGGAAGCGGGACACAGAGACUGGUGACGGCCAAGAGGGUUUCGGACGGACAGUUUCAUACUGUGGUCGCGCGAAGGGCUGGGCUGGUGGCAUCUCUAACAGUGGACACGUGUUCUGAGGAUCAGGAAUCUGGUUACUGCACAGCUACCAGCAUGACAUCAGCAACUGAUUGGACCCUGGAAGUGCAACCUAACAGGUUAACAGUGGGAGGGAUCAGAUCAGUAGAACCAAUUCUUCAGAGGAGAGGGCAAGUCGUCACCCAUGACUUUGUUGGGUGUGUGAUGGAAUUCGCUGUCAAUGGUCGUCCACUGGAACCCAGCCAGGCCUUGGCAAACCAUGGAAUUCUGGACAGGUGCCCGAGAGUGGAAGGGGCUUGUUCGAACAGCCCAUGUCAGCAUAGCAAGUCGUGUGUGGAUCACUGGUCAUGGCAGCACUGUAACUGCAAGGAUGGGUUCACAGGCGAACACUGCGAAAAACUGGUCAGCGUGGAUACAGCAUUGUCCCUGGAUGGCAGGGGACAUCUGGACUACACAAUCAAUCAGAAUGAGAAACGGGAUUAUUUGCUGAGGCAGAGUGUAAGAGGCUGGGCUCCCAAGCCUGCGAGUCCGAAUCGCCUGGACCUAAAGUUCAGAACAAGAAGCAAAAAUGGCAUUCUAAUUCACGUGCAGGAAAGCAGCAAUUACACCACUGUGAAAAUAAAAAGUGGGAAGGUACAUUACAUUUCUGACGCUGGUAUCGGUGGCAAAGUGGAAAGGAACAUUCCUGAGUUCUCAGUAUCAGAUGGUCAAUGGCACACUGUCCUGAUAGAGAAUAAUAGGUCCAUUACAACAUUCUCAGUUGAUGGCACCUAUUCUCGAGAAAUACUCCAUAAAACACAAGAGUUUGGAGGAUGGAAUGUCCAGACUAUUUCCCUUGGGGGCAUUCCUCCCGGACUGACUCACCAAAACACUGACCCAGGUUUUGACGGUUGUAUCUCCUACGUAAAAUACAAUGGUGAAACUCUGCCCUUCAGUGGAAAGCACCGUGACGUUGCAAUAUCAAGAAGUGAUCCUUCAGUCAAGAUCGGAUGUAGAGGGCCUAAUGUGUGUGCAAGCAAUCCGUGCUGGGGUGGACUGAUGUGCGUCAACCAGUGGUACACUUACGAAUGUGUCCCGCCCGGAGAAUGUGCCACCAACCCUUGUCAAAAUGGUGGGAUCUGCGAGCCUCUUCUUAGAUCUGGAUUUACCUGUACUUGUCCAGAGCUAUACACCGGUAAAACGUGCGAGAUGGUGGUGGCAUGUAUUGGUGUCCAGUGCCCGCAAGGAACCGCUUGCAAAGCCGACGCGAACAAAGGGUACACCUGCAGUCCCAAGCCUCAAGAGGAAGAGCUGUCUCUGCCUCUCUGGGCCGUCCCUACCAUCGUUGGCAGUUGUGCCACGUUCCUGGCUCUGGUCGUCCUCAGCCUGAUAAUCUGCAAUCAGUGCAGGGGCAGGAAGGCCAGAGCCACGAAAGAGGAGAAGAAGAAAAAGAAAGAGAAGAAGAAAAAGGGGAGCGAGAACGAAGCUUUCGACGACCCAGAUAACCUGCCCCCGUACGCCGAAGAUCUGACUGUGAGGAAGCAGCCCGAGGGAGUUCCAAAACCUGAUAUAAUCGAACGGGAAAACCCCUAUCUGAUCUUUGACGAGUCAGACAUUGCGCAUGCGACUGAUACCUUACCCAGCGGCCAGCCCUGUCCCGGGCCGGAAGCAGAGCUUGAACAUUACGACAUUGAAAACGCGAGCAGCAUCGCUCCAUCGGACGCGGACAUCAUACAGCACUAUAAACACUUCCGCAGUCACACGCCUAAAUUUUCUAUCCAAAGGCACAGUCCGCUGGGAUUUGCCCGGCAAUCUCCACUCCCACUCGGAGCGAGUAGCCUCAGCUACCAGCCUUCUUACAGCCAAGGAUUGAGAACGACCCCUUUGAGCCACGCCGCUUGCCAGAACCCCAACCCGCUCUCCCGACACAGCCCUGCCCCAUUCUCAAAGCCGGGAAGCUUCUACCGGAACAGCCCAGCACGGGAUUUGCAUCUGGCCAGGAGAGAGGGGAGCCCCAUCGAUCUCCAUUCCGACAUGUGUCAGCCGGGCAUCUUUAACUACCCCUCCCGGCUCGGCAGGAGAAGUAAGAGCCCGCAGGCCAUGGCAGGUCAUGGUCACAGCUCAAGGCCUGGCAGCCGCCUAAAGCAGCCCAUCGAGCAGAUCCCAAUGGAGAACACCCCUCCGGUGGGAUUGUCCAUCGAGGAGGUCGAGCGACUCAACACCCCUCGCCCCAGGAACCCCAGUAUCUGUAGCGCAGAUCACGGCCGCUCAUCGUCCGACGAUGACUGCAGGAGACCCCUGUCCAGAAUGAGGAACCCAGCCGAUGGCACGCCCGCUCCCGACUCCUCCUCCGAGAGCGACUCCCACGAGUCCUUCACCUGCUCGGAGUUUGAGUACGACAGGGAAAAGCCCACCGUGUACACCUCGCGGAUGCCCAAAUUGUCUCAAGUCAACGAAUCGGACGCGGACGACGAAGAUAAUUACGGUGGCAAACUGAAGCCACGGAGGUAUCAUGGUCGCAGAGCCGAAGGGAGCUCUGCCGUCCAGCAGGCAGGCUGCGAAGACUAUAAGACACAGGGCAAGCUUGGACCACAGGCAACUGUGACCGGAGCUUUUAACUGGGACAGUCUAUUAAACUGGGGCCCCGGGUUUGGGAAUUACGUGGAUGUUUUCAAAGACCUUGCGUCACUUCCAGAAAACAUGGCGGCCCAGGCAAAAGAAGAAGCAUUAAACAACGUUGCUCAAAGUGCAACUACGUCUAACGAAGCAGAAGAAUAUGUAUAGAUAUAAUUUAUAUAGACCGUUAAUUUUAAAAAGAAACGUAAUAGCUGCCACUGUAAAUGAAAACCUGUAAGUAACGGACUCCUCUUUAAAACCUUGCCCUGCAUUCGUCGACCAUUUCCAGAUGCCGCAGUCUGUAAUUUUGUGCUUACGAACAAUUUUGCUCUUUACAUGAACAUUUCUUUCAGGGUUCGCACUGCAAUGCACAACCCCUGGACGACUGCGGAAAGCAGAUGAGGAUUACAGCAAUGUUUGUGUUCUGCAGAUGCGGGAUCUUUCUCCUGACAUUUUUGUAAGAGCCGAAAAAAAAAACCCAACACAUGUGUGCUUGAUUCAUUUGAGCACAGUAUGUUACUCGUUCAACCACCGGCACUCAAAGGAGCCCACAAGUUGGCCAGCACUUUGUGCAGUUGUGCCAAUAUUGAUAGAUUGCUUCAGAUCUGCCAUGGUCUAGAUCUCCCUUUGACCUACCUCCUUCCCCUCUUCCUCCCUUCCACCAUCAUCCUCCCCACUUCUCACCUCUGGAAGUUUUUAAAGGGAAGAUCGUGUUUUGCUGUCAUGACACUAAGUGAAUCAUUCGCUCCCAACCUGGGAUAAAGACUCUUUCUGUUCUGGUACCAUCAGGCAGAAUUCCGAUUACAUUUGCUCUGUUGGGAGGCAAUGGGACCGGACUGAUCGUUGUUUUGUCAAGGAAUCAUUGUGACGGAAACUUUUAUGUAUUAAAACAAUGCAGACCUAGCUUGGCUUAGAGCUAAUCCUUGAAAUUCUGGUGCAAACCCUUGUGUUCUUUUCUCAUGUUCUAAUUCCAGGAUUCUUUUAUACCAUUUUAGUAACUUUUUUUUUAAAAAAAGACAGCUCUCUGUAUUUGUUACUGAUGAUAUUUUCUUAUGAAGUUUAAAAAAUACAAGUUUUGUUUCAAGUUUCUUACUUUCAGGGAAGGUAAGAUUGAAUACUUUUUACAUUUGUUACUUAUGUAACAUCAGUAUUUUUUUCCAUUUUUGAUAUAAGUGUAACAUACUGUAUCCUUUGUACACAUAAAUGCCAAAUAUAGAAAUAAACUAUUUAUUUACAAAUGCUGGUUUAA